CCGACCUUACUCACUACCUUACCUGCUUACCUACCUGGUACCUACCUUACUAACUACCUCCCUGUAACCUAAGCUUUACCAAACCCUUGAGCCUAUCCCACUUUACAUUUAGAGACCCUCGACUUUCUUCCUCCAGCUACCUGCCAGACUGCCAAACUACCUCAUACAUAAUAAUCAGCCCCCCCAAAAAGCCAUCUCCGAAAGGUGUCAUCGUCAUCCAGAUAUCCAAUCUAUAUCUCCAGGCCAAAACUGCGAGCUGGUCAUCCCAGCCCAGGGGUAACUCAGCCGCUUUAGGGGUUUUACAAUAUUCUAUUCUAUCUUGAUACUUAACGUCAUUCCUUCGAUAACCAAAGGGAAAUCCUGGGAUAUCAAAGUCCUUGGAACCUAUCCUUAAAAUCGCAUCCCACGACAGAAUAGAGUAUCCCGCCAAAAAAAAAAAAAAAAGUAUCAUCAUGGCUACAGCUCCGCCCACCGCAAAUAUUGAUGAGGACGUCCCUCAAAAUGAAGGAUCUAAAUUGAAAACCUUUAUCUCUAUCCUUAGAAAGUUCAUAGGUGUUGCAGAUCUUGCCGCAGUUCGAUUCUCUCUUCCGUCCCAGCUCCUCGAGCCGACACCCAACCUGGAAUACUGGAAUUAUCUCGACAGCCCCAACGCGUUUGCCGCAAUAGGUACAUCCGAUGAACCUUUAGAUCGUAUGCUCGAAGUCCUACGUUUCUGGUUCACCAAAGACUUAAAAUAUGUUAAGGGAAAGCCGUGCAAACCGUAUAAUUCUUGUCUGGGAGAAUUCUUCCGGUGCAACUGGGAAGCAGAAGAUAAUGCGCCACGAAUCGAUACCAAGAGUCUCUUAGCUACUAACGGCGGUAACGCUAGCAGUGCAUCUUCGAUCAAGUCAUCCAAAGCUACCAGCGAUCCACGAACGGCCUCUACCGUAUCUGUCGCCCAGACUGCCGCCAAUCCUUCGGGACCUACCGUCCGGAUAUCUUACUUAACUGAGCAGACCUCACAUCACCCGCCCGUCAGCGCUUUCUACGUUAGCUGCCCUGAGAAAGGGUUACAUGCAAAGGGGUUCGAUCAGAUCAGCGCCAAGUUCACCGGUACCACCAUCAAAGUCUCUCCGGGCGAGCAUAACCUGGGUAUCUUCAUUACUCUCGAGCGGAGGGACAACGAGACAUAUCAGUUAAAACAUCCUGCUGCACAUCUUGGAGGAAUCUUCCGAGGUUCCUUGAGCGUCAGCGUCGGUGAUUUUGCAUAUAUUACGUGCCCUCAGACGAAGUUAAAAACAAUUCUUCACUACAUCGAGGAUGGGUGGCUUGGCCGCGCGCAAAACAAGAUGGAGGGUGUCAUUUUCAAGUACGAUCCGGAUAAAGACGACAAAACACGCAUUAAAGAUGUCCCAGACUCGGAUGUUGUGGCGAGACUAGGCGGUGCGUGGAAAGAUAGAAUUGUCUUUACCCUCGGUCCCAAACCUGUAGAAUCGCAUCCCCCCGAAAAGCAAGUAACCAUCAUUGACCUUAACCCGCUCACCGUGGCUCCUAAGGUUAUACCGCCGAAGGAGAAACAGGCGGAAAACGAGUCGUUAACGUUAUGGGACGGCGUGACCCAGGCCAUACUAGCGAAGCAAUACUCAAAAGCUACUAAUGUCAAAGUAGAACUUGAGGAAAGGCAGCGGGAGAAAGCCCGAGAACGUGAGCGCAAGAACGAGACAUGGAAGCCGGUAUUCUUCGACCAGGCCACGGACAAACGAGGGACCCCUGAUCUCACAGAGAAAGGUCGCCAAGUCCUCGAAAGAGCGCAGAAGGGAGAUUGGAGUUUAGAGGGAAUCAUCUAGAGUAGACGGCAUCCUUCGGCAUUAGAAACAUAGCGACUGGGUAGGCCGUCAACGUUUUACACUACAUAAUAGUCCUUGGGUUACGAUACAACAUCACUUUUUUUUUGGAUGGUUUCGCUCACAUAUAUAUGCGCAUACAUUUACCAAACCAUAGGGAUAUAGCAUAGCGGCUUUGGACAAAGCCGCAAGUGGAGUUCCGUGCA